AUGUUCGGGCGCUCGGCGAAUCUCUCAUGGAACUUCUUGAGAACUGGAGUUCCAUCGAGAGCGGUUGACUGCACUCACCAUGGACACGGGCGAGAUGACGGAGAAUGGCCCCAGAUUGAACGAGCUCCUCGUCUCCUGACAAAAGACAUGGGACUUGUCCGAAGAUCUGAAAUAGAAAAGAAUGAGGAAAUCAUCGAUAAAACAAAUUUUUACCAUCUUUGGCUUGAUCUCAGCCCAUUGGUCGCGGCUGAUACGGUGGUCCUCAAAGGCGACUUGUUUGUCGACCAAAAGAAGCCGGAUGGGCUCGGCAAGUCCGCGGAUAUCGAAAACAUCAAAACAAACUGGUCGAUGUUGUUGUGUUCGAAGCGAUUGAGAUCGGUAAAGGAAAAGAAAGGAAAAAGAGUGUUGAGAACUGGUCGAUGGGAGCGCGGCUUUUAUAGUGGAGCGGAGGUUUUAGAGGCGCCAGACGAAACAAACAAGAGAGCAGUGAAAGAAGAGAGACAAGGCAACGUGGAUGCAACGAUGCUGACAAAACUUCAGACAAAAAUGAUGACAAUUGAUUAG